AUGGAUAAAAACAGGACUGCAGCAAACACAGGUCACACAGAACAGCAGCGAUGUGACUACCCUGGAGAUUUCAAGCCGCCACCACGUCACUACCAACGGGCCACGCACCUGAGGGGUGUCACCUCCAGCCCUGCCAGCCUCCUCUCGGCCACAGGUUCUCCUGCCUUAGCUAUGGGGGUGUGCCGCACCUCCAAACCAGAGACAGCAGCAAUUUCUGCAGUUGCUUUCCAGGAUCACGUAGUGCACAGUCAUCAACUCCAGGAUCUUUCAUUAGCAGAUACUUUUAAGUCAAGAAGUACGAAGAACAUUUACAAACGUGUGAACAAAGAAAUGGUCAGAGCAGUAGUAGAUACUGGACUAAGAGAAAAGAGCACUCACCACAAAAAAAAGGAAGGUGCAGGAAAGGAGUCCUUGUUCUUGAUCCCAAGCCCUCCACUGCUAACUACGGCUCAGAAACUAGGCCUUGUUGAGCCACUAACUGCUGAAGAAUGGUUAAAAAUAAAGCAGAGAUUCAUCCAGCAUGGAGACUCCAUGCAGCCCUGCACAACAUGCAGGGAAGAAUUUGCACUUCAACCUCAGGGAUGUGUGCUGCUUUCAUGUUCCCGUGUAUUCCACAAGGCAUGCCUGAAAUCCUUUGAAAAAUCUGCAGGUAAAAUGUCUUGUCCUGUGUGUAGAAAAGAGCAGUAUCAGACCAGAGUGGUACAUGAUGGGGCAGGCUUGUUUAAAAUAAAAAGUGCUGUUAGAAUUCAGGCUUCCUGGAGGGGAUAUAUUGUCAGAACAUAGUAUAAAAACUGGAGAAAAACAGUGAAUCCUAAAUAUAGCAAAUUAAGAAAGCAAUGCCUUGAGAAAAAGGUUUAACAGCUCAGCCAGUGACUGUUGAGUUCUAAAGACAUCAAUCUAGAUGAAUUUUUUUCUGAGAUAGAUUCCUCUAGAGCUGCAAGUCAAGAUGUGUUUCAACCACUGGAAAGGAAAAAAAUAUUAAUAAGUGAAACAGACUGGGAGAAGAUCCAGAUUCAGCCAUUUUGGCAAGAGAAAUCCAACUGUCCUAUUUGUAUCAUGCCACUCAAUCCUUCAGUUCAUCCUGCCUGUGUCUGUCCUGGUAACUGCAAAGAGUUUUCACAACAAACUGUUCUGCUUUCUUGCUCACAUUUGUUUCAUCAUACCUGUCUUCAAGCAUUUGAAACGUUUUCCUUGUUAGAGAAAUCUAUUUGUCCUUUAAUCCUCAGAUGUUGGUAA